AUGCCGCCGGUGACGAAGGUGGCGGCGCAGGUGAUCAUUAGGCGCCCGGACGGCACCGAGACGCGUUUGGUGCGCCGCAAGCCGGGGCCGGUGCAGACACGCACCGACAGCGACGCGGUGAAGCGCGAUGAGGACCGCGAGGCCGUGCUGGCGUGCCCACCGUACACUGCAAGCUUUAACACGUUGCUGAAGGAGCGCCGCGAGAAGAACAGCCGCGUGCUUGUGAACGCCGUGCUGGAGCGCAUGCACGCAGAGGCCAUUCCGCUGAAUGUCGUCACGUACAACCUGCUGAUGGAGCGUGUUGUGUGCUUCCCAGACGACGUUAUCUUCACACUGUACGAGGAGAUCAAGGAAGAGGCAGUUAAAGACAACAGCAGUGUUCGGCCUAACCUCACCACCUACCAGCUGCUGUUCCGCGCGUGUGAAAGGAAGGGAGAGUACAACCGCGCCUUCCUCCUCUACAAGCAACUGCGGGAACUCAUGCACAUCACGCCGGACUCCCCGACGUACGACACGCUAUUGGGUUUCUGCGCAGCUGUACGGGACGUGGCACAGGCCACAUACUUUGUGGAGGAGAUGCGAAACAACGGCGUGACGCCAGACGUCAACACGUACAACUGUCUGAUGAGUGUACUGGUGGAUAGUGCCCCGUACGAGGAGACGCUGGGGGUGUUCCAGCAGAUGAUUGAGGAGGGCAUCAAGCCCACUAUUAGGACGUAUAACACUGUCUGCAAGGCCGCCCGUGCCCAUGGUGACUACGACCGCGCAUUUCAGCUCUUUGAAGAGAUGAAGAAGCGCGGUAUGCUACCGGACGUGGUCACGUACAAUACGUUGCUCUCUAUGGCGGAGCAUCGCUUAGACUACAUCAUGGGGCAGGGCAACCACGAGCACGUGCGGCGCUCCUUUGAGCAGCGCAGGCAAGGUAAGCGCGCUGUGGCAGGGCUCACAUUGACACUUUUAGCCGAGAUGGAGUCGAUAAAGCUGAAACCGAACACUUUCACCUUCAAUCAAGUCAUGGCGGCCCUGCUGAAGUGCGGCGAUCACCGCGUGUUUAAUGUCUACCGCACGAUGCAAACGCGCUACGCGGAGCAAAAGUCGGCGCUUGAGCUGCAAGCCAAGCGCAGAGCGAAGAAAAAGAGGACAAUGCUCCUCCUAGAAAGCGACACCCCCAGUAACACAGAGGCCUGGUCGAGCAGCACAACAACCGCGGCGCCGGCAUCAACGGCGUCAGCGGAGAACGCCGACGGCCUCGGCGCAGAGCAGCCCAUGUCGCUCGACGAGGCGAUGGAUGUCGAAGACCCGCAUCGGCCUGCCCGCAUCGCCGCACAGCAGUCGCGGCCGAACCGCGACACGUAUCGCCUGAUUGUGCGUGCCUGCCUCGAACUUGGCCUUGCCGACAAGUGCGAUCACUUCUACCGUGAGAUGCGCCGCGAGGGGCUCGGGCUCGACCACGAUUUCGCAGUGCUCAUGGAGGAGGUGUGCGAGGCAACGGGCGACAGGGUGCGGGCGCGGUCAGUGCUCGAUGAGGCGAAGGGCGACCGUUUGCUGAUCGACACAACACUUUUCAAUGCAUACCUCAGUGUCCUUGCAUCGCUGGGCGACGCGGAGGUUAUGCAUAUUGUGGAGGAGAUGCAACUUGGCAUCAACGUUUUCAACGUGCGGCCGGACGUGGCGACAUUCAACAGGGUGCUGCGCAGCCAACUCUGCAUGGGUAACCACGAGAAGGUGGCGGAUGUGUUCGCUUCCAUGUACCUUUCGUACAGCCAGGUGACGCCCGACACGGAGACGUACUGCUGGGUGCUCCGUUCCUACUGCCAGACACACGAUACGGAGGCCGCCACGCAGUUGCUGGAGUCAAUGAAGCAGCGAAAGGUCCCUGUUUCGGUUGAGCACUACCACCACCUUAUGCUGGUGUAUUUGGAGGCUGAUGAUGCACGUAUUAUCGAUGUCUUCCAUUUGCUGCGGAAUGCGACGGGGGAUGAAGCACUGCCAAAGGCUGACACGCAAUGCUUCUGCGCCUUGCUGCAGUACUACUUGCGCCAGCAGCAGUGGGAUGAGCUGGAAGGGCUUUUUUUGGCGCUCAAGGCGGAUCCCGUGCUGGAAGUCGAUACUGGAUGCUACAAUGUCAUACUAGAGAUGUGCCUCAGGCAGAAGCGUGUGGAGUACGCGGAAAAACUUUUUAAUGAGCUUCGCAUGAAGUGCGUCCCGGCUGAUAUUACGAUGUACAACACGCUUUUGCGUCUCUUUGCAUCGGUAGGCAAUAAAAUGAUGUACAGUGUUCUGGAGGAGAUGAAGGCCAAUCACGUGGCACCAGCGGCCACCACGCUUGGUAUUCUGCUGGAGUACGCUGAGGGGCGACAGGCUGUCUCCACUGCUGUUGAGCACGGUCUCUUCUGGAAUCCGGCUGAUGAUCUUGAAGGGCUGAUCUGA